UAUGUGAAUUAACAAGAUAAUUAUAUCAGAUAAUUGAGAUAAUGUUAUAUACAGUGGGCCAGAAGUGUUAUAUAUUUUAUUUAUUUAUUUUGCCCAGUUUAUAAAUCAGACCAGUCAAACAAUACACCAUCCAAGUACUGGGAGUCACUCAUCGCCACCUACUGGUGUAACAGUCUGGACAAGAGUAAAUCAGUCAGAAGUGUCGUAUCAUAUAUAAAACAGUUUUAAUAUAGAAUGUUUAAAGUUGCUGUGAAUAUUAUUAUUAGUGUUAUUUAUUUUAUUUAUUUAUUUUUGGAUGGCUGGAUGGAUAUACGGUGGGCUAUAACAGUAGGCUACGCAUGUUCAUAUGUAUGGUGGCGUUCAGACAAUGUCCUGUUCACUGAAGCUCGGGGGGUUUUAUGAGCGUCCCGUUCACCCUGGUACUGUUUGAUUACUCAAGAUACUGUUACUUAGCGCUUCACACUCCCACGCGCGCACUGAAAUCAUCAUAAGGUUAAUGUGACCAUGAGCGGGUUUACUGGCAAGCGGAGUGAAAUUACAGAGGUAUGUUUAAUAAAUAACAUUUUUAAUUGUUUAAAUGAAUAAAUAACCAUGCAGUUUCAAAAACUUUUAUGUCUUCUUUUGAUUUGUUAUUUUAUUUUUAUUUCUUUUAAUGAACGUGUGGAGCUGCAUGUGUUUUAUGUACCCGAUGAUCAGUUUGAUCGGAGGUUGAAUAAAGUAUCAUCUGAAGCUGUGGACACUUUCAUCUCAGCUGGAUUUAUCAGAGUUGAUUCAGAUGUGAAUCUGUCUGAUCUCAGAUCUGAUCUUGGAACAUUUCUUGGGCUGGACAGGAUCGCAGAUAGAUACGUUUUCUUAAAAUGUGUUGGCAGAAGUUUGGCACUGGUUAAAGUCAGACAAGAGGGAGAACUGACAGUAAAAUCCUUCACUCCACCAUUUGCUCCUUUUCCUGAGCUCUACAUUUUACUCAUGGGAGAGAAUGACAGUUGGCUUUGCUCUAGCUCUCUGACCCCUGAUACUUUAAUUAGCAACACUGACCAUCACAGUCAUGAUUUGCCCAGACCAACAUGUGUGCCUGGCAACAUAAAAGAGCCCAUUAAAUUCCCCUCAAUCAAUAAAGGACCUCAGCAGUCUGUCCUAAUGCAGGAUGCAGAGGAGGAUGAGAGAGAUGAAGACACAGGAUCCACUGACACUCCUCAUCUAACACUCAGUUCGCAAGAUCAGAUUGGGCCCGUACACAAACAGUCCGGCAGACAUCUUGCUAAACAAGGAAGCUUUUCUCAAGAAAUGAAUACAACUGCAAAAAAGAAACAUUGUUUUAAAAGGAAAAACAGAAACUCUGGAGCUACGGAGUCAUUUGAGGAUUCUCAUGGACUGGCAAGGAAAUUCAACAGUUCUCUGACUCUGAAAUCAAGUGAAGCGAAAACAGAUGAUAUGGUUAGUAUGUGUAGACCAACCUCUCCACUCCCAGCAGAGAGAAGUUCUCCACUGUCUGUCUAUUCCCUUGAACUUUAUACACAGCAAACAACCACUAAAAAUGAACUGAUAGAGGAAAUCAAGCGACUCAAAGGGCAAAGGAAGAAGCUUGAACAAACAAGGCAAGAGCUUUUGAAAAAGGGCAGAGAGCUUUUAGCUCUCAACAGACAUCGCAGGAACCAAGCACGUGACCGGUGGAAGAGGCAAUAUUUUGAUACUAAGAAGGCAACAACACUUCUGGAGGACACACUGAAGAGUGUACGACUGGAACUUCACACCUUCUACAGUAAAAUGCUACAACAAAUCCAAGCCCGGGAUGGUGCAAAACGACGAACGCAAGCAAAGAAACAUGCAAGCACAAAGUUAAAGAAUGAGUUGAUAAUCCAGAUUAUGACAGAGAGCAGUGAAAUUGAUAAUCUGAGGAAAAAUGUGGAUGAUGCUAAAAUGAAACUGGCCACAGAGAUCAAGUUGAGAAAGCAAGCUGCUACAGAACUGCAGGCCCUGAAAGCAGAACUGAUGCAAAAGAGAGCUCAGUUAUAAAGAAACACAGAAUACUGUACAUGUCUGUGUGUUUAGCAUUAGGUUUCUUAGAAAUGAGAUUUCUUUGUGGACAAAAGUUGUGAUUCAGCUGAUGAAAUGACAAAUGGUACAAGGGUUUGAAAGCAGUGUUUACACAUUUUGGAGAAACCAACCCAUGGGUGGUGGAUUUAUAGUUGAUUGCAUGUUUAGAUGGGUUAUGUGAGUAUUUUAAUGCCUACAAAAUGGUUAACUUCACUUUUAACAUAUAACAAAAAUCAUCAUUUUGUAUAAUUUUUUAAAAAUUAAGUCUCACAGAGAAAUGAGCUGUAUUACCUGAUUUUAUCAGGGUUUCUGCAGGUUUUAUGAAGGUAAAUGUAAGACUUUUUAGAGACCUUUUUUAUAAACAAGUAAAGAAAAUUUAAGGAACAAAUUGAAGGGAACUAUGCUCUUCUGUAUCAUCAGUGCCACAAGGAUGUGCUGUUUCUAUGUGUAUUUAGCUUUGAUUUGAAAGAAAACAGCGCAUCCUUGUGGCGCUGAUGAUACAGAAGACCAUACGCAGAAUAUGGUGAUAUGGAGAGACACAGAGGACAAAGGAAUUGUUGACAAAGGAA